GGCCCGGAGAGGAGAAGAGGGCCUCCCGGUGAAGAUGGAUAGCUCAGAAUGACUAACCCUCCCCACCGGACGGUCCCUGCAGCAUAGAUGGCCCGGACCAGCUCACCCUUCCUUUCCACCAAGGGGAGAAAUCAUGGCUUAUAAAAGGAUGGCUUUGUCCAAGCUGAAGCACAGGCAUAGACUAAGUCCAAUAAGUGAGGAUGGGCUAAAACUCCUCUGUCUAAUAGGACAGGAGAGAGUACAGAGGAGUCCUAUCAGACAGGAGAGAGUACAGAGGAGUCCCAUCAGACAGGAGAAAGCACAGAGGAGUCCCAUCAGACAGGAGAGAGUACAGAAGAGUCCUAUCAGACAGGAGAGAGCACAGAGGAGUGCUCUCAGACAGGAGAGAGCACAGAGGAGUGCUAUCACACAGGAGAGAGCACAGAGGAGUGCUAUCAGACAGGAGAGAGCACAGAGGAGUGCUAUCAGACAGGAGAGAACACAGAGGAGUCCUAUCAGACAGGAGAGAACACAGAGGAGUCCUAUCAGACAGGAGAGAACACAGAGGAGUACUAUAAGACAGGAGAGAACACAGAGAAGUACUAUCAGACAGGAGAGAGCACAGAUGAAUCCUAUCAGACAGGAGAGAGCGAAGAGGAGUCCUAUCAGACAAGAGAGAGCACAGAGGAGUGCUAUCAGACAGGAGAGAGCACAGAGGAGUGCUAUCAGACAGAAGAGAUCACAGAGGAGUCCUAUCAGACAGGAGAGAGCCCAGAGGAGUACUAUCAGACAGGAGAAAGCACAAAUGAAUCCUAUCAGACAGGAGAGAGCGAAUAGGAGUCCUAUCAGACAGGAGAGAGCGAAGAAGAGUUCUAUAAGACAGGAGAGAACACAGAGGAGCAUUAUCAGACGGAGCAUUAUCAGACAGGAGAGAGCACAGAGGAGCAUUAUCAGACAGGAGACAGUACAGAGGAGUGCUAUCAGACAGGAGAGAGCACAGAGGAGUACUGUCAGACAGGAGAGAGCACAGAGGAGUACUGUCAGACAGGAGAGAGUACAGAGCAGUCCCAUCAGACAGGAGAGAGCACAGAGGAGUACUAUCAGACAGGAGAGGGAACAAAGGAGUACUAUCAGACAGGAGAGGGCACAGAGGAGUGCUAUCAGAUAUGGGAGAGCACAGAGGAGUCCUAUCAGACAGGAGAGAGCACAGCGGAGUCCUAUCAGACAGGAGAGAGCACAGCAGAGUCCUAUCAGACAGGAGAGAGCACAGCAGAGUCCUAUCAGACAGGAGAGAGCACAGAGCAGUCCCAUCAGACAGGAGAGAGUACAGAGCAGUCCCAUCAGACAGGAGAGAGCACAGAGGAGUCCUAUCAGACAGGAGAGAGCACAGAUGAGUACUAUCAGACAGGAGAGACCACAGAGGAGUCCUAUCAGACAGGAUAGAACACAGAGGAGCAUUAUCAGACAGGAGAGAGCACAUAGGAGCAUUAUCAGACAGGAGAGAGCACAGAGGAGUAUUAUCAGACAAGAGAGAACACAGAGGAGUACUAUCAGACAGGAGAGAGCACAUAGGAGUCCUAUCAGACAGGAGAGAGCACAGAGGAGAGCUAUCAGACAGGAGAGAGCACAGAGGAGAGCUAUCAGACAGGAGAGAGCACAGAGGAGCACUAUCAGACAGGAGAGAGAGCACAUAGGAGUCCUAUCAGACAGGAGAGAGCACAGAGGAGUGCUAUCAGACAGGAGAGAGCACAGAAAAGUGCUAUCAGACAGGAGAGAGCACAGAGGAGUGCUAUCAGACAGGAGAGAGCACAGAGGAGUGCUAUCAGACAGGAGAGAGCACAGAGGAGUGCUAUCAGACAGGAGAGAGCACAAAGGUGUCCUAUCAGACAGGAGAGAGCACAGAGGAGUAUUUUCAGACAGGAGCAUUAUCAGAGAGGAGAGAGCAAAGAGGAGCAUUAUCAGACAGGAGAGAGCACAGAGGAGUACUAUCAGACAGGAGAGAGCACAGAGGAGUACUAUCAGACAGGAGAGAGCACAGAGGAGCAUUAUCAGACAGGAGAGAGCACAGAGGAGUAUUAUCAGACAGGAGAGAACACAGAGGAGUACUAUCAGAUAGGAGAGAGCACAGAGGAGUAUUAUCAGACAGGAGAGAACACAGAGGAGUACUAUCAGAUAGGAGAGAGCACAGAGGAGUGCUAUCAGACAGGAGAGAGCACAGAGGAGUAUUAUCAGACAGGAGAGAACACAGAGGAGUACUAUCAGAUAGGAGAGAGCACAGAGGAGUGCUAUCAGACAGGAGAGAGCACAGAGGAGUACUAUCAGAAUGACAAGAGAGAGCACAGACGAGUAUUAUCAGACAGGAGAGAGCACAGAGGAGCAUUAUCAGACAGGAGAGAGAAUAAAAUACAUGCAUUAGCAAGGACUCUUAGAAUGUGUAUUUUGGCAUAUCAUAUUGAAUGUAUUUUGGGAAGUAAAGAUCCAAAAAGAAUUUCUGCAAACAGCUGUUUUUUUGUGGGCUGUAGCCCCAAAAACAUCUGAAAAUAUGACCCAAUACAUUUGUAAAAGGAGACUCUAAAAUGGCUCAAAAGCAAAAAGGCUAAAAAAAAGUGAGUUUUUCAGACUUUUUUUGGCCUGUAAAACAGCUGAUUUCAUAUCAAGAUAAAAGCCUCAAAAAAUGGUGUGUGUAACCAUAACCUCACGUCAGACAUUUGUCAAAAGAUUAACAUGAAUCUUUCCUUAGUGAUAUAAGACUAACUCUAAUGCCAUGUUGCUGUAACAUGGCAUUCCUGGUACAAUCUACAAUGAACUUAAGCCCUCAGGGCAUAUUUCCGCAGGUCAGAGUUUUUGCAGGAAUUUUUGUAGCUACCAAUUAUUUCCAUUUAGAUGACUAAGGCAGCCAUAGUGAUCUAACACACUGAUAUAUUAGUUGACACAUUUAGAAACAAAUUAAUAUGUGUUUGGGGGAGAUUUAUCAAAACCUGUCCAGAGGAAAAGUUUCCCACAGCAACCAAUCAGAUCGCUUCUUUCAUUUUUAACAAGGCGCCUGCAAAAUAAAAGAAGCGAUCUGAUUGGUUGCUAUGGGCAACUUUUCCUUUGCACAGGUUUUGAUGAAUCUCUCCCAAUGAGUUGUUUAGAAAAGUACUGUAAAAUAUGGUGCAGUGUAUACCCUCUGUAUACUAAGAGAUCUUGGCCAAUGAAGCGGGCAGCGUGUGCACUUGGAAGGUAGCGGAGGCUUAGCAGUGAACUUUAGAGGAUUGCUAAUGCACUCUCAGCAGCUCUAUAUAGAACACAUGACUGCACAUAUGCUGACAGAUGGUUAGUGGACCUUAGAGAGGUGACAAGUACUUCUCACAUUUUGUUUACACCUAGCACGCCCUGGUAGCUAUGAAAAGCAAUAUUUAUAAGACAAACACAAAAGUGCAAGUAAAAUACAGCAAAUGCACAUAGCAGACCCUUUUACCUGCCCUCUUUAUAAUCUCCAUUAUGGGCCAUGGUCACCAAACACAAGAAACCCUACACAAACACAAGUCCAUUAUCAAGAUUGUGUCUUCAAUGAAUGGGCAUCCUCUGAUGACAUUCGGUCUUGUUCUACAGUUCCGUCAUUGGCCAUCCAUGGUGACUAUUUUAGGACAACCUUCAUGUGGGUAACUGCUCCAAACUGCCCCUAUUGAGGUACCAUAUUAAGAAAGCAUAGGAAAGGGUUAAAUAAAGGCAUGGUGAAGAAAAUGUCCAAAACAAGGUGAGCUCCAGUAGUGGUUGCCAGGGUCCUGCAGACCACACCCUUCAAGCGGUAAUAUAUUCGUCCCGCAAUGGUGUCACCCUCAGAUGGCUUGCUUGCCCACCAGAAAGGAAAACUGUGGGGAGGAAAGCGAGAAACACAAUCUUGCUACACAACAUCCUUAGGAAGGUUAUGUAAUUGCUGGAAGAGAAGAGACCUCUGAGGGAGCCCUGGAGGCGGUGUCAAAAUCCACGUAGUUCCAGGGUGAAGAGUCUUGGCCAGCGUUCCAGCCCCCCUAGCCCCCCACCCCAGUUCUCUGCUAGCCUGAUAUUGUUAUUCAGUGUUUUAUGGGGAAAAAUUACUUCAGGGAGUUGGUGAAUUUCCUACACCAGAAGACACCAACCCUAGUGACACCACCAGGUCACGUGGAUUCCCCCUCUUCAAAGGAGAACUCCAGACCAUAAAAAUUGUCCCCCAUAGUGCCGGCAGUAAAAAAAUAAAGAUGUACAUACCUUCCUCCGCUCCCCCGGGGCCUCCGGUAACCGGCU